AUGGCAUCCUCGAAACUUUCGUCAACUCCCUUGACUAGAGGAGGGCAAUCUGGCAUCCAGACUACGUCCAAGCAAGCCGGCAACUCCACGAUGGCGACGAUUCCUGGGGUUGGUCAGAAGUGGAAUCGUCGUGACCCCGAGACGGGAGGCUAUACGGAAGAGACAAGAGAGGAAGCUUAUCGUCGCAACAAGGCCAGGAAGGAAAGUGACGAGGCGGAGGCCGAAAGACGCCGGAAGGAGGCAAAGCGUGCCGCAGAGAAAGAAGCGGAAGCACAGCGUCGGAAACAAGACGCACUGGACCAAGCGACCUCUUGCAGUCCAUUGAAGCGGACCAAGUGA